AUGCCGCGUUCUCUUUCCACCGCUCUUGUGCUGGUCACUUUCGCCACUUUCAUCAUCACACAAGCUGUUGCCGUGUCAUUCAACGAUGAGCAGCGCUUCGAGCUGCAAGCCGAGAGAGGACUAGGAGACAAAUCGUACGCCCCCUAUGAAGUAGCGUGCCCUUCAGACGAAACUUGGGUCCGUAAUGCUACGACGGGUCUUGCUACCGCUGAACAGGACUACAUCAAUCAGCGAAAGAGCCUCGUAGAUGCCGCGGUGGAGAAGAUGAUGGCGGUCCGAGGGCUGGAUAACCCGCCAAGGAUGCCGAACAUAGGUGUGGCUCUCUCCGGAGGCGGCUAUCGAGCAAUGCUUGUGGGUCUGGGCGGCGUGAUGGGUCUGAUGAACGAAAGUUCAGAGGCGGCCUCCAGCGGCACAGGGGGCUGGCUUGAAGCGACUAAUUAUAUGGCCGGUCUAAGUGGAGGAAGCUGGGCUGUGGGGUCGUUCGUGGCGAAUGGUGGAGCCCUCCCCAGCACACUUCUCCAAGAUCUGUACGAACUCGACUCCAAUCUCAUAUUCCCGUCCAACGGGAAAAUCACCUUCUACCCGGAGCUUUACACGGAAAGCAAAGCGAAGGUCGACAAGGGCUUUCCGGUGCAAUUGACCGAUAUAUGGGGCCUCGCUAUAGGUGCACAUGUCAUGCCGGAUGACUUUCAGCUGGACAAGACUCCCAAUUUCACCCUGUCCAACCUGGCGCAAGCUGUGCCAGCCUAUGCUAACGCAAGCCUUCCUAUGCCUAUCAUCAUAGCUGCCGAGAGAGAGCCAGGUGAGCUCGUGAUUGCCGAAAACGCCACCGUCUACGAGUUUACUCCCUACGAGUUUGGCUCCUGGGCGUUUGGUAGCGACUUCAAGAGCCCUGGUGCUUUUACACCUAUGGAGUUCCUGGGAACAUCUCUAGAUGAUGGCGCUGCAAAUGGGACGUGCUGGAAAGGUUACGACCAGCUUUCGUUCGCCAUGGGCACUUCUGCCACCCUCUUCAAUGGUGCCUUCCUCGAGCUGAAUGGGACCGACACAGGCCUCCUUGGCGACUUUCUCAAGGACAUACUCGAAGACCUGGGUGAUGAACAGCUCGAUGUUUCCCGGGUCCCGAAUCCGUUCGCCGGCUUCAAUCCUGGCUACAAUCCUGUAUCCGCUUUCGAUUUCAUCACUCUGGUUGAUGCUGGCGAGACUAACCAGAAUGUUCCCUUGGAACCUCUCAUCGAACCGACAAGAAACCUCGAUGCCAUCAUCGCAUUUGAUGCGUCCGCCGACACGGAUACUACGUGGCCCAAUGGUUCAGCGCCUCGUACAACGUUUGAGAGGGCACAAGUUCUGGCCCAGUACCAGAAUGUGAAUGUGAGGAUGCCAGAAGUGCCUAGUGUCAACGGUUUCGUGAACGGAGGGUUCAACGCCAGACCAACGUUCUUUGGGUGUAACGACACAGAUACGCCUAUACUGGUCUACGUCCCUUCUUAUCCGUGGACUUCCGCUUCCAACACAUCCACUUUUCAAUUGGAGUAUAGCACAGACGAAGCCCUAGAGGUCAUGCUUUCAGGCAUGCGCUCCUUGACUCUGAACGGCACCGUCGAAUCUUGGCCAACCUGCCUCGCUUGUGCGCUAAGCGACCGUGCAUUUGAUUACACCUCUGCCAACCGUUCGUCAACGUGCCAGUCAUGCUUUGACACCUGGUGCUGGGACGGGACUGAUGAUACGACCGAGCCGGCCACUUAUACGCCAGAUAUAGGGAGCGUACCUCCUUGGUUGGUGGAGCAGGGACUGGUUUGA